AUGGCCACCAUGGUCCUGCCGCCCCCGCCCCGCACCCAGGGCAUCCUCCUCAAUCCCUCUCCUAAGCCCCGCCUAUCCGCCCUUCCAUUCCCGACAGACCUCUCCUCGUCCUUCACCUCUGCCGUCUCUGACGAGGACGCGAGCUCGACGGAUGCGUCGCAGAACUACAUUUACGCCCGCCGGCAGCCCGGUUCGCACUCGAGCUCCUUCUCCCAGCCACGCACCUCGUCGGUGCCCCUCAGCAGCCUCUCCCGCUCGUCCUCGCGCAAGAUCCGUUUUGCGCCCCUACCCGACCCCCGCAGAGACGAAGACGAGAACGGUGAUGUCGGGGGCGAGUUGCCCGCGGCAUCGACGUCAACCCAGACGUCCGAAGCGCCGUCAAACUCGGCACGACAGGCCGACGGUGAAUGGGAAGUCCUUCGCGGCUCUGACGGCGAAUCACCGCCCGCAAACGAGCCAUCGGUUUCACCCUGCGUCUCGGCCUCGGCCUCCACCUCCUACAUCGACUACGCCCCACAGGCGCCCCCCUCACCCUUCGUGAAGAAGACGCGCAAGCUCUUCCGCCCCUUCCUCCAGAAACAUGGCAUCACCACGUCCAACUUGAACGUCAGCACGGAGGACGUCCUCACCCUCGGCGCGACCUACCUCUACCGCGCCGCCAAGUCUUCCGCGCAGGAGGACAGCGGAUACGAGAGUUCGAGCGUCUCCGAGAAGGACUUUGGGGAGCCGCUUAGCCGGUCGUCGAGCAUCGCGAGCACGGCGAGCUUGCGUAUGCAACAUCCUCAGAGAACCAUGUUCGGGAUCCCCUUCCGGCGUACGCAGAGCUACACACCCGAGACGAGUGGCCUCAGCCGAACAGCCAGCCGUGGAAGCACGAAGACAGUCGGAAGCAGCAGGACGGUGAAGCCGGCGCCCAAACACGGCCAGCGGAUGUUGAACGGCCGUGUAUACGGCCAGAAACGCAAUCGUCAGAAUCAGAAUUUGUUCGCGACCGCAAAAGACGAAGAGCCCGAGUUCGUGGAGUGGGGAUACGGAGGCAUGGGGAGCGUCAAAGCAGCGUCCGGUGGAAACGCAAUGUGGAAACCGCUCCAAUCCAGUCAGAGCACGCAUGGUGCGAGCGCGGACGACGACGACCCGAGCGGCAUGGCCUGGGUGAAGCGCCGUCGCGAGCAACGAGAGCGCGAGAAGGCGGAGAGGGAAGCAAAGGAGAAGGCCGAGACCGAGGCCGCCAUGAAGGCAGAUGCGGAGCCGCAAAACAGCCAGAAUUCGGGUCAACCGAGCGAAGAGGAUGUCACUCCGACGCUCGCAGAGCAGUCUACGUCCGAGCAGGCGGCCGAUGUUGAAGUCCCCGUUCUCGCGGAGAAGGUUGCAUCGCCAGAGCCUGAGGAGGUUGCCUCGCCAGAGCGUGUCGAGGGCGCCUCGCCGAAGUUGGUGGAAGACGAGCACGCUACCAUUCUGCGGAAUCUUCCCGCGCCGUACCCCCUUGUACAUCGCCGCACGCUGUCUUCGCGCCUUGUGUCUGGAGAGGCGACUCCAGAGGAAGGGAUGGUGUUCAUCUCACCCCCGGCAGAAGUCGACCACAAGGUUGAAAACGAAGCGGAGAGCAGCGAGGACGAAGACGAGGAAGAAUCUUCCGCAAGAGAGUUCGAUGAUGCGGAAGACGACGAGGAGGUGGACAUUGACGAGCAGAAUCGCAUCACCGCGCUCAGUGCUGGUAUGGAGAAGAUCAGUAAACACAAGAACGAAAAAGACCAGAGAGCGGGCGUUCAACCAAACUAGUGCUCUCAAGUGUCUCCUCAAGUCCUCCGCGGCCGCCCCUGUUUAUUGGUCUCGAUAUCAUUUCGCCCGCUGCCGAGUGGUGGAGUGGUGGUGUCGCACGCGCCUUUCAGUCCGACAUCGAUGGGCCCUACCGGCACUCGCAGCAUGUUUUAUACCCUAUCUCUUGCCGGCUCUGGGAGUGCUCCGUCGCUCACCUUUACCGCUCUAUCACCUAUCCCCGCUCAGGUGUACUUUUACGAAUCCCCUCUCGGCUGGCUCGACAUGCGGUGUUCCAUCAGCCCGACCAGCCUUUGGGGAGGGACACGGACGCGGACUGCUGAGAACGGCGUCGGCUCCGCGCCCCCCAUCUUCCAUUCGAUCAAGGCUUGGGCUCUCUCACUUCAGUAAUGCGCGUCCUCCAUGUCGGCGAGGCAUGGUACGCAAUGUUUAAUACAUCAUAUGCACCUCCGUCGGACGCUCCUUCUCACCGGAUCACCGGCGGAUAUUCCGUACAGUUACCUUCAUCACAUGCUUCGUCCUGCGCUACCUGCUCCUACCCCCGCACAUCCUGCAUACCGGUGCUCUACGGGCUGCCCAUCCACACCGCCCGCACAGAUCCCCGGUUACCUGUCAACUGGUCCCCGUUCAAUAAUAGAUCACUCCCCCGCAUCUGUCACGUCUCGCAAUCUUCAAGCCCUCACUCUCCAUAGCCAUUAUCUUAACAUCAACAACGCAUCGGCUCUCUCCCGCUUUGCAACCGCUGUGCAUAUUCGUCCAUCCUCCGUCCGCAUCGGCCUUUACGUUCUCAGGACCUUUUCCCGGAACUGUGGACUUGUCUGUCUCAUCGGUGUCUGUAUAUAGUUUUCCCCCGUCGGGUUCGCGUCGUGUUUGUCGCGAGCGGUGUACAUAUAUGUCGUGUUGUGCCUCCUUUCCAUCUUUUCCCGCCUUGCCUCCUCCCCUCUUUCG